UCAGCACACAGCGACCCGCCGACGCAGGUGUGGGUCGAUUUGGGCGCCGAAAUCGCAGGUUACGCCGCGCCGCGCGGUUGUCGUCGUUACGACCCCACUGCAGGUCCACUCAAGAUAAAUCCGGCACUGAGAAGCACCACGCGCGUGCUGCGACGUUGUCAUGGCGACGACGUCUCGGAGGGCCAGCGGCAUUCCUCAGCCGAUCACCCCAGCCGGCUCCCGAACUCCCAGCCGACUCGGCGCCAUGCAGGCGCAGUACCAGCAGAGAUUGACAUCUGAGCGUCAAGACAAGCGCUCCACGCUUUCUCUGGGUCGCCGCGACGCCCCAGAAUCGCCCCAGCCCCCCGCGUCGACCGGCCGCACCUCUGAUUACCCAAGUCCCCGCCGGGCGGCGCCAGCAUCGCCUGGCUCCAGCAGCACCGGUAGCGCGGGGUCGGUGAUGAGCAGCUUGUCAGCGUCGCUCAGCAUGAACAGUUCGCUGGGACCGGGCAAGGUGCGCGCCAUGUUCCAGGCGCGCCGGCAGGGCGGCAACUCCGCGCAGGGCUCUCCCGUCGGCUGGGACAAGAGUUACCCGCUGGAGCCCAUCCAGAAGGGCACGCCGCAGGAGGAGCGCAACCGCAUCAACGACGAGAUGCGGCGGCGCGAGGGCGAGCUGCUUAACAAGAUUAAGGGUAGCACGAAGGAGCCGGCGGGACUGCAGGCGCGCGCGCCGCGCAGGGACCCCUGA